UGCAAGUUGUUUGUUAACCUUGAAUACGGAAAUAUCCAAUUAGAAAUUUGCGAGCAAGAGUUCUAAUCGGUGCUGCAUUGGAAUUUAGAUAAUUAUGUAGAUUUUAAUUGUUUGUCACAUAACACUGGAAAUGAAAUUGGAAUAAAAGGGAAUGACUGAAAAGAUUGAUGUAUGAAUACGUUGUUGGUCUAAGAAAGUAGUUCCUUCAAGGGCAGAUAAGUCGUCAAAUUGCCUAGAUGAAGCAGUUGAUUUUCCAAACGGGUUGUCAGCCCUUUUAUGGCGGGGGCGACGCAGCCGCGAUUAACAGUACCGGUUCAUCUUCACUACUUGCAAAAGUAUUACAAGGUUGUGCUCAAAAUGACUCAACAAUACCAGUGUACAUAGACAUUAUUGAAACAGAACAAGGAACGAACGAAGAAGCGGAUUCAGGAGCUGUAAUGUAUAUAGUUGCCGUGUUAGUGUUCUACUCCGCGGGAAUCGUAACUAUGAUCAUAAAAUAUCUACGAAGGGAAAAGAGAGAGCUUGAAGAAGAAAGAAUUCUCGAAGACUUCUUUCGAAGUAUGCCUGCUUAUAAGAAAGAGCGGGAACAGAAUAACGUGAAUCGUGUUGCUAUACAUGCGUUCCAUGCUCUGACGUCAUUCUCGUACGAUGACGGUGAUGAUGAUAUAGUCAGCACAGAUGAGGAAGAUGUGCGUGUGAAUCGUGCAGAAACAAUUCAUGAAGUUGAAAAUGAACAUUACACAUGUAAUUCUAAUGUGUCAUUCACAAAUGAAUUAAAGGAAGAUGGAUCACCGAAAGAUCCGCCUAUUGGAACGAACACAGAAGCUUAUAAUACCUUUUGUAAACAAUCUGGGAAUUCAUUUGAAGAACAAGAAACUAUUCUCUGACAAACAUAAAGAUUCGGGAAGAUCGUUUUUAAGAAGGGGCCUUUCUGUGAGAUGUGGUUGCAUAUCAUAAUCAUAAAAAAAGUAUCUUUAAUAAUAAACAUAAAUAUAUGUAUGCUGAUUUGCCAGAAAAUGCUACAAAGUACUUCACAAUUUCACUUUAAUAAUGAGAAACGCUGCAUACAAUUCAUUAAAAUGAGCAGUAGAACUGACAAAUUCAUGUAUUUAUACUUUAAACAUAAAAGAGUCAAAACAAUUUAAGCUUUGUGAUACGAUGAGAUGUAUUAAAACAAAAUGUGUUGCACAGUUAAUACUGUAUAUAGCCAGUCAAACUGGACAUGAUAACGUAUGUAUGACGUUUAAAAGUUUCUACUUUGGUAUUGAAACAUUUGCAUACAAUUUCGAUUUUCACUUUUAUAAAAAUAGCCAGUCAAACUGGCCAUUGAAUACGUCAGAAAAUAUCGAAUUUUAUGGACUGACAGCUCCUGCAUCAGAAAAUCAUUUAGAUAGUCUGAUUUAAUUUUUCUGGUGCAAAUCGCGUCAUAUUACACAUCACAGCUGAAAAGUCUUUAUCUGUUUAAUGUCAUUUAUGCUUUUCCCGACUUUUUUUUGAAUUUAGACUCAUUACGUGAGAGCUGAAAGGAAAAAAGCCAGCCACAGAAUGUUGGACAAGUCAAAAUAUUCAAGGGUAAAUAGAGAAAUGAAGUACGUUGGUCCUUAACCCUUACCCUGCUAAAUUUCUAUAAUGAAUUUGUCCAUCUUUCAAUUUGGACAGUACCAUUAACUUUAAUUAUUAAAAGAGGUGCUUACCAAAACGAUACUGACUGAAUGGCGGACAGUGCAGAUCUUGAUCAGACUGCAUGGAUGUGCAGGCUGAUCAUGAUCUAUACUGGUCGCAAAGGCAGAACCAAUUGUGUCCAGCAUGAUAAGGGUUAAUUUCAAUUAUCUGCAACAAAUCGCAGCAAAAUCUUCCAGAAACACUUCAAAUAAGGUUGCUUUCCUCUACAGCUUACAUGGCAAGAGAUGCAGAUAUUUGUUGUUGUUUUUUUUAAGAAGAAGUGGUUCGUUUGUUUUAAUUCGUAACAAAGCAAUGAAUUCGAAACGACUGUAAUCAGUCCAAAGUUUUGUGUUGGCGCUUAGGGCGUCAGCAACGAGCAGUGCAAGCGAAAAAGCUCGGAGUGAACAAAAAUAGUAGCAUAUACACGUUGUCCGCUUUUCACGCACCGGCGAUUUUAUAACCUGAUCACAUUACUAUGUGAAAUAGAUGUAAAUCAAAUAAUCACUCUUGCUUGACAGGAAAUACACAGGGGACAUUUCUUGCGGCGACAGAUAAACGUCGUUAGAAGUUAAAAAAUUUAUUGCCUCGGGUCCGGGUCAGUACAGAAUUGUCAAACAAUGUCCAUGCUGGUAAAUAAGUGCAUGAACUGGAAUGACCGCAAUAGGGCAUUAUAGACACGGAAGCAGUAUAACGCAUUGUUUGAAGUCUUGUGGAAUUGAUGAAAUUCUCAAUUGUUUAAUACCAGCUAGUUAUUAUUUUGCGUUUAAAAGUUUCUAGUAUUGUAGUUCAUAGUUUAUUUAAAGUUAAUAUUCGCUAAGGUAUUCUAAACUUAUAGUCUGAAACUAAGCACAUUUAUUGAUAUUCAUAUUUGCUACCAAUAAACAAUAAGCUUUUCCAUUUUGUGCCCAUGUGCAAUAUAGUACAUUAACGCUCGGUGGUGUAGAAUUUAUUUCAGCCAUAAUUAUAUUUAUGACAAUUAUUUAUCACUUGAGUCUCCGAAUUUAAUAUAAAAUUCAGACGAUAUAAUGGAAAUAUCCCAUUAUGUUUAAUUACAUCUUGCAGUUAAUCAAACAUUGCGUGUACGACUCCACUACCAUCAGAAUUCACGCUGUUAUUAUCAUCUGCAUACUAGAUGACAUUGUUUUUGAUGUCUUUCAUUACCCAGGACCAAAUAGAAAACCCUUAGCAGCACUUACUGAAUGUGUUAAUUGGUUUUGCUUUGAAGGCAAUAUAACGCGCGAAAAUGCUAAAAAAAGACAAUUGUAAAAUGUGUCUUUAAUUGUAUUUAUUGUCAAAUUGGGAUCUUUCUUUGAAGUUGUUCAUGUCUUUACUUAUAUAUGUACACUAAUUUAUUACACUCGAUUGGGUUAUAAUGAAUUCCUCAUAAUAUUGUAUGAAACGUUUGUUCAAAAGGAUAUCAGCUGACCUGUAAAAUCAUGAUGAAAUGAAAUAGACUUCAAGCAACAAAUACUGGUAUAUAAUAGCAUGUAUAUCUAUUCAACAAAUUAUUUGCAAACUUUGUGUAUUUUUCAAUCUGCUUACAUGAUUUGAUCAUGUACAAUAAAUCAUCUAAAAUGUU